UAGACAGCCAAACAUUCUAGCAGAGGAGGCCGGGCCAUUACAUUCCCACGUCGUGAGGGUCGGAACUCGGAUCUGUUGAUGCCGGCUCGUGCUCAAGUUGUCGAGGUAGAGCAUAAGUUCGAAGACCCCGCGACCGAUCCGCGCCCUAAUGCGUUUCUCGACAACGGAACAGGUGUAUGCCGCAUGUACCACGGUGAACACUGGGGCAACCCCCAUGGCUCUUUGUAUUCCCGGAAACCCACAUCCAAACCUGCUGAACGUCCUGCGGAACGUCCUUCGGAACGUCCUGCGAGUUCUCACCCGCAUCAUGCCGGAUACAAUUGGGGCGGACCGCCAGGGCAGCACUACCAGGCAGCUGUACCAUCUCUGUUUGUCCCGCCUCCGCAGAGGGCGCCGGAAUUGACAACCCAAGCCCCCCAUGUCCCCUAUGUCCCAUAUGUCCCCCAAGUCCGCCAACCCACCCAAUUUCCGGGCUUUGUCCCGUUUUGGGAACGGCCUGGUGCAUUAGACCCGCCCCCCGAGCGGCCGCCGGGCCACAUUCCGGCUUGGGAGCGACCGGGCGCCUUGGCCCACCCGUCACCAGUCAACCCCUUCUCAACAACCCAGCCCGCGGUUCCGGGCUUGCCACCCAAGCCGCCAAACCCCCCAGACCCCCUGGCAGGCUUUGACCAAGCCUGGCAGCAAAACAAGGAGCGCACCAAGCCGAAUUCUAAAACUGCUGGUAGCACCAAAUCGGCGUCCAACAACGCGCCGCAAAACUGGGGCGAUAACAACGAACCAGCAAAAGCACCUUCCAACAGUGGAGCAGCCGAUUGGGGCAAGACUAGCCAGGCAAGCAAGGCACCGUCCAGCAAGGAUGCGGCUGCCGGCUGGGGCAAUGCCAGCCAGGCAAGCAAGGCACCGUCCAGCAAGGAUGCGGCUGCCGGCUGGGGCAAUGCCGGCCAGGCAAGUAAGGUACCGUCUAACAAGGAAGAGACUACCGCCUGGGGCAAUUCCAGCCAGACUAUCAAAGCCAGCAAAGCGCCAUCUAAUAACAGCAAGAAGACAUCCAGUGGUAGCAACAAGAACGGCUGGACCGCCGGCGGCCCUAGCACCGUUUGGCCCAUCCCGGAAGUCGCAUUGGGAGGAGCAAACGUCAGCGAGGUGAAUACGGUCGUCGAUACCAAAAACCGGAAGAGCAGCAGCACCAAGAUGCCUGGCGGCUGGGAAUCUAACCUCGUAAGCUCAGCUUCGCGCGCACCCUCGCGCGCACCUUCGCGCGCAGCCAGUGCUACCCAUGGUGUUAGGGGGCUCGGAAUUUCCACCACCGCCUGGCAAGAUCCUACAGCAGCUCAAGCACCAGCCGAGCCGACGGCGUCGGGGUUGGUGCGCUGGGACCCAGACGAGGACACGACUCCCGUGACUCAAUGGGCUCCUAAUGCGGCAGCGGCUCCAGCAGCCCCGGCCUCCUGGGACGAGCCUUCAGCUGCAAAGAAAGACGAUACUCUCUGGUGAUGGAUAGGCUGGCAAAGACUGCUAGCCGAAGGAUGUCUUGACGGUUGUGGGCGGCUGUCAAUUAUGGCUGAGGUGUUUACGAGCGAGACCGGAUGUCUCCUGCUGUCUUUUCUUUUCUUGUUUAGCUUUACUUUUCCUCACCAACUCUUCAUUUUGUCUGUUUAAUGUAUGGUAGUGUGUAUAAAGACUCUUUUGUACGGAACGGCAUGUAUAAGAACCAAA